AUGCGCCGCGUUCUCCGGCUGCUCCUCGGCUGCUUCCUCACCGAGCUGUGCGCCCGCGUGUGCCGGGCGCAGGAGCGAGCGGGGCACGGGCAGCUGGCGCAGCUGGGCGGCGUGGUGGUGCUGGCGGGGGGCAACCGCUCCGGGGCCGCCUCGGGAGAGGUCGGCGAGGGCGUGGGGGUCUCGGACGCGCCCCCGACCCGGGCGCCCACGCCGGACUUCUGCCGGGGCUACUUCGAUGUCAUGGGCCAGUGGGACCCGCCGUUCAACUGCAGCUCGGGCGACUUCAUCUUCUGCUGCGGGACUUGUGGCUUCCGGUUCUGCUGCACGUUUAAGAAGCGGCGACUGAACCAGAGCACCUGCACCAACUACGACACUCCGCUCUGGCUCAACACUGGCAAGCCCCCCGCGCGCAAGGACGACCCCUUGCAUGACCCUACCAAGGACAAGACCAAUCUGAUCGUUUACAUCAUCUGCGGGGUGGUGGCCGUCAUGGUGCUCGUGGGCAUCUUCACCAAGCUGGGGCUGGAGAAGGCUCACCGGCCCCAAAGGGAGCACAUGUCCAGGGCCCUUGCGGAUGUCAUGAGGCCCCAGGGCCACUGCAACCCUGAUCACAUGGAGAGAGACCUCAACAUCGUGGUCCACGUCCAGCAUUAUGAGAACAUGGAUACCAGAACCCCCAUAAACAAUCUCCACACCACCCAGAUGAACAACGCGGUGCCCACCUCCCCUUUGCUCCAGCAGAUGGGCCACCCACAUUCCUACCCCAGCCUGGGCCAGAUCUCCAACCCCUACGAACAGCAGCCGCCGGGGAAAGAGCUCAACAAAUAUGCGUCCUUGAAGGCAGUCGGAAGUUCUGAGGGUGACUGGGCAGUGGCGACACUUAAGUCACCAAAAGCCGACAAGGUAAAUGAUGACUUCUACUCCAAGAGACGGCACCUGGCCGAGCUGGCUGCCAAGGGCAACUUACCUCUGCAUCCCGUAAGAGUGGAGGACGAGCCGCGGGCCUUCAGUCCCGAGCACGGCCCCGCCAAGCCGAACGGACAGAAGUCCCGCACCAACAAGAUGCCCCCCCACCCCCUGGCCUACAACUCCACCGCCAACUUCAAGAGCUGGGACCCCAAGGAUCAGUCUCUCCGGCGGCAGCAGCCUUAUGGGAACAAGGGCAAGCUUGGCACUGCUGAGUCGGGCUCCAGCGACCCCUUGGGGACUCGCACCCAGCACUACCCACCCCCACAGCCAUACUUCAUCACCAACAGCAAAACAGAAGUGACUGUCUGAGCUGUCACCACAGGGGACAUCCUGGAGACCACACUCAACUGAGAGAGGCAAAAAAAUACCCCCGGCCCACACUGUUCCUGUUCCCUGCCCGCACACCCACCCACACGCACACUCUCCACACCAACCAACGGCAGACUUACCGGCGACGUGGAAUCACGCUUUUCCUGGGUCCUGCCCAACACAUGUCGGCGGGCAGCUGAGCAAGACUGGAGCCUGGACGGUCAGCAAUACAGCAAAGGGGAAAGUGAGGCACCCUCCUUCGACCUCAGGGCCGAGGUGGCCUACUCACGUGCCCACAUCUUGGGGCUGAUUUUUCUCCUCCUCCCAACUUGAAACUGAAAUCCAUGAUGAAGAAAAUAAAAGUAGCACAACUUAGAUAAAUUGUCCAUUUGAGCACAUAGACCAUUUACCACGCAUUAUCUAGUUCUGGGUGAAAGAGCCAGAAAGGGGAGAAGGGUAAAUGGUGACACCCUCUGAGGGGUGUAGAAAAGAGGGGUUGUUUGGAGAGGAAACAGGGCAUGUAAUAAGCAUUUUCUUAUCCCAGGAAGUAGUGACGUGAUGAGCGUGAGACAGUAACUGGACCCCCACCAUGCUAUUGAUAGUACUUUUCACAUCAUCAAUGUUGAAAGCAAAAACAACACACACUCAAACUCACAAAAGAAAAAAAAAAAAAGACUCCGAACCCACCGCCAGUGAUGGGAAGGAAAGAACCUUUCAGAGAACUCCCAUACAGACCAUGAUCGUGGAAAUG